AUGUUACUCUUCCUCUUCCCCACCCCUUCUCACAGCCCCCCAUCCCACCACAUAUAUCUACUGUCCAUCAUGUCUGCCUUUGUCCCAUCGCCACAUCGGGUGCCUCCAUGUGUUCAGGCCAGCCUCCAAAUCAAAUGUAGCCUCUGCUCUUUGGAGAAAAUUAUGAGUCGGCGGCCUGACGACUGUCCGCCAGGCUGCAGGCGCCCAGACAGUGUUUACAUCACGCAUCUCUCCUACUCUCAGCUCGGCAUAAUGACGUAG